CAUGGCGGUCGCCGCUUUGCUGCCGCGGUGGUCUGUAUUUCGUGCUCUCGGCCCCCUCGGUAUCCGUUAUUCUUCCGAUUUACAGAGCGCCUAUAGUUUAGAUAAGUUAUAUCCUGGCGGUGUGGCGCGGACGUCAGAGGUGAAAAGUCCGGAUCUUAUAGACAUUCCUGUUGAUCGUCUGACCAUCUCGUACAGCAAGAGCAGUGGUCCUGGAGGACAGAAUGUUAACAAAGUUAACACAAAGGCUAAAGUGCGAUUCCACUUGUCCUCAGCUGACUGGAUCCCUGAAGAUGUCAGGCAGAAGAUCUCUGUGCAGAAUAAAAACCGGAUAAACCGCAAAGGAGAAUUAAUUGUAGCUUCACAAGUGAGCCGUUACCAGAUGCGCAACCUGGCCGACUGUCUGGAUAAAAUCCGAACCAUAAUUUCUGAAGCCAACCAAAAGCCGAAGCCUGUGUCGAAGGAAGAUGCUCAGCUAAGGCAAAUCAGGUUGGAAAACAUAAACAGAGAACGCUUGCGCCAGAAGAAGAUCCAUUCUUCAAUAAAACAGAGUCGUAGUGUAAACUUGGACUGAGGACAAGGCUAACUUCUUACUUUUCUGUGACAUGGCCUCCACACUUAGGGAAAUUAAACCUUGUCUUGU